AUUGACCCCAACACGGCCCCGUGUGUCCGAAGCGAGGUGGGCAACUUUACGCGCAUCUUCAGCCCCAUGGUCUUGUCCGUGGUCUUUGUGGUCGGCUUGAUCGGGAACGGGCUGGUGGCAGUGGUCUUGGGAAAACGCCGGUGCCCUUGGCUCUUGGCUGACUGUUACCUCUUCCAGUUGGCUCUGGCCGACCUCCUUCUGGUGUUGUCUCUCCCCUUCUGGGCAGCCGAAUUAACCUGGGGUUGGAUAUUCAGCGAGGGCCUUUGCAAACUCUUGGGGACCCUGACGUCCACGAACGGCUACAGCACCGUCUUCCUCCUGGCCUGUAUCAGCGUGGAACGCUACCUGGCGAUCGUCCACGCCAUACAGCUCUAUCACCGCUGGAAGCUUCUCCAUACUUACCUGGCCUCCGCCGUACUCUGGGGAGUCUCCUUGGGCCUCUCGGCCGUGGAGUCGCACUUCCGCACCGUGUCCUUCUUCUCCCAGGCCGGAAGGUUCGUCUGCCAUCUGGGCUUCGAGGCCCAGGAAGCGGAGUCCUGGCGCCUCGGAUUGCGCCUCAUCUCUUUCUUCCUCGGCUUCCUGUUGCCGGUCCUGGUGAUGUUCUUCUGCUACAGCCGAAUCGCAGUCCGGCUUUGGCGCGCUCGUCUGUUUGGCAAGGUGCCGGCCCUGCGCUUGCUGCUGGCGAUAUUGGUCCUUUUUGUUCUCUCCUGGGCCCCUUACCACGCUUUCCUCCUCAUGGAUAGCCUGCGGCGUCAAGGUCAUUUCGGGCGAUCGUGCGCUUGGGGAAAGGCGCUGGAUUACGGACUGUUGUUCACGCACACCCUGGGCCUGACCCAUUGCUGUCUCAACCCUCUGGUGUACGCCUUCGCGGGCGUCAAGUUCCGGAGGGAGCUCUCCAGGCUGUGGCAUAGACGUGACAAGAGCGAGGGACACCGGCCGAGCCUCUCGAAGUGUGAGUGGAGCCAGCCCACGGAGCACGCCACAACCCGAAGUAUAGACUACGAUUAUUCUGUCGUGAUGUGA